GGGAAACUGUAACUGGCUGAAAGAGAGAAGAGAGGUGAUGUUCUGUGAGUGCUUCUACCCAAACCAUUCCCCACAACCGAUGCUGCCGCCACCACCACCACCGAAACUACCACUACUACUAUUACAACAAGUACUACUUCUCCUAAUACUACUACAUCUACCACCACCACCACCACUACCCUUUACUACUACUACUACUAUUUAUUACCAGAAGCAUCUAUAUAAGGGGCAGAAGUGAAUAGAGGCUGUCCUGAUCCAUAAUCACCACCACCACCACCACUGCCAUCGCCACUACCGUGGAGGGUGUAGUAAAUUAAACUGCUCCCUUACACUAAACACCCCCUGGAAUUUAUACAGUCCAUCACUACUGGUUGGUUGGUCUCUGCCAAAACUUGUCAAUGAUGUACAGAAUACUUUUUCUUCUUCUCAUCACAGCUUUAACAUGUCACAGUUCCCUGCUGGAUAUCCAAAACCAUUGUUGUGAAAUUGGCAGCAAUUAUGCCAAGAAGGAUGGCAAAUGUCACCACUUCACAGGACUUUUACAGAACAUGACAGUGGAAGAUGAGAUGUACUGUCGAGUGAUUGUGGAGAUCUGUUGCAUGAAGGAGGUUCACUAUAAUCAGUGCCAGAAGGGUCGUUCUGACGCUGAGAAGAAACAAGUGUGUCAUGUCAACGUGAACAGUUAUGGAGCCGAACAAUACACACAAUGCUGUCAGUGUUGUCGUCUGGGAAGGGGAGCUGCCAAAACACAGAUGAGAUGUGACUUGACAAACUAUGGCAACCCAUGUGACCAAAUAUUUGAAGAAUGCUGCAAUGCUGAAAAGGCACGGAGAAAGGAUUUGCCAGACUCCUCUCAUUGCUUCCCAAAUAAUCCCUGUGAGCAGCUGUGCUUUGCCACCCACAAUUCAGUUCGGUGUUCCUGUCACAAGGGCUACGAAAUCAAUCCAGAUGGAAAGACAUGCACCGAUAUCAACGAAUGCCUGACUGAAAGACCCUGUGCCCAAGGAACAUUAUGUAUCAACACCCCUGGCAGCUUCUCCUGCAGUGUUAGCACCGGAUGCCCAGAACGUUCCAACUUCGACGCUGGCUCAAAUAGUUGCACAUGUCCACCAAACACCAUACACAAUGUCACAACAAACCGUUGUGAGUGCAAGACAGGUUAUGCCUUCAAUAUUGUCGAAUCGACGUGUGAAGACAUCGAUGAAUGCAUCGUCCAAACACACAACUGUAACUCAACAGACAGCUGCCUCAAUCACAUCGGGUCCUUUGAGUGUUGUGGAGUGGGUUACAUUGUCAACCACGAUGAACUGAAAUGCAAAGACAUUAAUGAGUGUGCCCUUUCUGACGCCUGUCCCGCUGGGAUGCAGUGUUCCAACACAGUCGGUUCCUACAGUUGUCGUCGUAUUCUAGGUUGUGGCACUGGUUACACCUUGGACGAGUCCACCCAGCAAUGUAAAGAUAUCGAUGAAUGUGCUCUUAAGGUCCACAACUGUGGCAACAUGAAGUGUCGUAAUAUUCAAGGUUCUUUCCGCUGUGAGAAAAAGAAGUUAAUUUGCCCUCCAGGGACCAUUCUCAACCAACUAACUAAAAUUUGUGUAAGUCCACCAAGACAGGAUUGCGAAAAAGGAUUUUGGCGUCGAAAUAACAUUUGCGUUGAUAUCAACGAAUGCACUCAACGUAUGGACACGUGCAGGCUCCACCAAGUGUGCCAUAACACUCCUGGGUCUUAUUAUUGCAGCAACACAAUAGACUGCGGAGUGGGAUUGUGGUACGAUGCCGCAGCAACUCGUUGUCGAGACAUUGAUGAAUGCAGUGCAGGCAACCACACGUGCCGUCACAACCAAAUGUGCCGGAACACUCCAGGCAGCUUUACUUGUGACUGUAAAACUGGUUUCAUAAAACUUGCAUCUGGAUAUUGUGAAGACAUCAACGAAUGUAACAGAGAACAUAGAUAUUGCUCCAGAAACUCUAUCUGCAUCAACACCCUGGGCAGCUUUAAAUGUGAAUGUAAACAAGGAUAUGAAAUGCAUUCUGGCAGUCGACACUGCAGAGAUAUUAAUGAAUGUGAAAAUGGAGGCCAAUGUGAACACUACUGUUCCAACACACAGGGAUCUUUCCGCUGUAACUGUCGACCGGGCUUCAAACUGAACCCUGACAAAAGGACUUGCCAAGAUAUUGAUGAAUGUAAUGGAAUUUACAAACGGUGUUCCUAUGAAUGUGAGAACCUUCCUGGUUCCUUCCGUUGUAGUUGUCCGCAGGGAUUCAGGAUGGCAGCUGACCAGGUCUCAUGCUUUGACGUUGAUGAAUGUUCAGAAAAUCCUGGAAUCUGCCGUAACUAUGAUGCCAUCUGUGUGAACACUCGUGGCAGUCAUAAAUGCCCUGUCGUGCAAUGUCCGAGCGCCUACAAGAAAUCAGCCUAUGGUAACCCUGGUAAUAGGGCCCCUGCGACUGGAUAUGUCUGUAAACGAAAUCCAUGCCAACUGGAAGAUAAACUGUGUAUGAUAAACAAGACCCGUACCAUAGGCUGGGAAUUCAUAUCCAUCCCUUCUCAUCCCGAGGUGCUGGAGGAACCCAUGAUGCUGCUAAUGAUACAGACCAAGGGAUACAAAUACUACCCAAACUUAUUGCUGACCCUUAGUCAUGGUAAUGAAGAGGGAUAUUUUAGUGCUGCUAUAAAUAACUCAAACGGAGCUCUAUAUUUGAUAAAACCAAUUCUUGGACCUCUAGAGUUUUUAAUUACUCUGGUACUGGAAAAUCACAGUGAGAACCCACACCUGCUCAUCACCCGUCACAUCACCUUUGUCAGUAUCCAUGUAUCGGAAUAUACAAUCUGAUAGCUAAAUCAACCGACAGAGAUACAGAAGAGGACCAAUUCCACAGUCAUACAAUUACCGGUGCUAAACACAAGACUACCAAUUCUACAUUUUUUUUUCUAUAUUUACUGAUAUAAGAAUUCCAGUGACGACCAGUCCUUCAAUUAACAAUAUAUAUAUAUAUAUAUAUAUAUAUAUAUUUAUAUAUAUAUAUAUAUAUAUAUAUAUAUGUGGCUGGAGGAUGGAGAGAUGUUUAUGUGUGUGUUUGUAUGUAUAUCUGUGUGUAUAUGUAUUUGUAUGCAUGUAUAUGUAUAUAGUGACACUUCAAUUUAACGAACUAAUAACGGAAAGGUGUGUGUAUUAAGCGAAAGGUAACGUGUAUAUAUGAGUGUGUGCAUGUCAGUAUAUGUAUAUAGGUAUGUGGUGAUUGAUGAUGACAGUUUUUUUCUUGUCUGAAGAUCAUGAGGAAGAGUAGCAAGCCCCUAAGUGACUGGGCAAACUGAUCCUUGAACAACGGGUUCUGGCACACUUGGGCCAAAUAUGUAGUCUUUGGUCAGAUAGAGGUCAGGACGCACACUCUCCUACCCUGAUGUAAUCUCCAGGGAUACAGGCAACCAGCAACAGGACCUCCGUAAUGCUAUGAUGGACCGUGAAGUCUGGUGUAGCAUAGUAAAUUCCAUUGUCUCGACCACGGUUGAACAAUGAUGAUGACUUUGGCAUUUCUCAUCCAUCCCUGUUGCUCUGGCCGUCUCAAAAUUUAUGUGAAUCUCAUUGUUCUCAACACUACACUGAUGGAUAAAGAUUCUUUAUUUGUGUAUUAAGACUACCAUUGGUCUCGAAGUUAUUCAAGCCUAGAGAGAAAUCAGUGUUUGUCUCCAGAGACAAAGACCACGUUUUCUGUGAUGGGCUUAAAUAAUUGUUGACGUAUUCCUUAACAUGAAACAAAUGCUAGCUUUAAUACACAAAAAAUAAUUCAUAUAUAUAUAUACACAUACACAUGCACACACAAUGACCCCUUACGUUAAUAAACUAAUAGGGGUGAGAUGUGUCUGAUACAGUCAAAAGUCCGUUAAAUUGAAAGGAACCUAAAGGGUUAUUUGUUUCAUAGCUUUAACUGUAAAGAAAUGCUUUACACAUUAUGUCCCAACAUAAAAUUACAAUUAAAUUAUGAUAAAGAAGCUGAAUAUGACUGAGAGAGAGACUGAGACCCUAACUGAGUCUUUCCCAUUCAACACAAAACCCCCUUUUUUGUUUUUUUUUCUGUGUUACUGACAACCAACCAAGGCAAGACAUAAAUCUACUCAGACUAACAAUACCUAACAGGACACAACUAACUUCUUUUAUUUCAUGAAAUAAUUGAUGAAAUAUUGAUGAUUCAACGAAUAAAUAAUACAAGAAGAACAGAAAAAAGU